AUGACAAGAACAGUGUUUGUUUCAGGAGCUUCUGGGUUUAUUGCCCAGAACAUUGUCAAAUUAUUAAUCGAAAAGGGCUAUAAUGUUAUCGGAACAGUAAGAACCGCAGAGAAAGGUGAAAACUUGAAGAAGUGCUUGGCUAGUGGAAAAUUCACGUACGAAAUCGUUCCGGAUAUAAGUGUUGAUGGUGCGUUCGACAAGGUUUUAGAAAAGCAUUCCGAAAUUAAUGUUUUAUUACAUACUGCCUCUCCCUUUUUUUAUGACACGACAGAUCCAGAAAAUGACUUGGUACUUCCAGCUAUUAAUGGUACUGAGAACAUAUUGAAGGCCGUAAAACAAUAUGGAACACAGAUUGAGAGAGUCGUCAUUACGUCUUCUGAUGCUGCAAUCUACUCCGCAGAUGAUGAACAAAACUCUACUCUUUCAUUCAAUGAAAAUAAUUGGAACGGCAUUUCUUAUCAAGAUGCCAUUAAAGACCCAAUCGCUGCCUAUUAUGGGGCAAAAACUUUUGCUGAGAAAGCGGCUUGGGAUUUCGUUCAAGAGAACAAUCCCAAUUUCAAAUUAACUGCUGUCAAUCCAGUCUAUGUUUUUGGGCCACAAGCAUUUGCAAGUGAAGUGAAGGGCAAAUUAAAUACGUCCAACGAAUUAAUUAAUACUUUAAUCAAAUUAGGUCCUUCUGAUUCGUUUGAUAACGAUAAAGGAGGGUUUAUUGAUGUGAGAGAUGUUGCCAAGGCUCAUUUGUUGGCAUUUGAAAGUGAAGAUACCAUCAACAAAAGACUUUAUUUAACUAAUGGUCACUUUAGUACCCAAAUGAUGCUAGAUAUUAUAAACAAAAAUUUCCCAGAAUUGAAAGGCAAAAUUCCUAUUGGAAAUCCUGGAACAGGGCCCCAGGAUAUUGUGACUUUGGCAAAGAUGAGUAAUGAGACAACAAGACAAAUUUUGAAGUUCGAUUUCAGUUCUUUAGAGAAGGUGGUUGUUGAUACAGUUGCACAAAUUUUAGAUGCUAGAAAAAGCAUCCCAGAGAAGCAGUAA